AGUGCUACUUCCCUUUCCAGCUAACCCUCAUCUUCAAAUUUUUAUUCCAAUGGCAAGGGCCUCUCCCCCUCCCCCGAAAAAAGUAAAAGUUCAACUAAAACGCGACAAAUCCAAGGCUGUGAGUUCAGCACCAUCCACCAAGGACAAGGGCAAACAGAAGGCAGUACCGCAAAACGAACUGUCUACUCUACCUUCUACAUUCAAAAUCGUCGCUGGUUCAUACGAAAAACUACUCUACGGCUUGGAAGGGCGCGUGUCUGGAGACGAUGACAAGCUCGAGUUUCACCUAAAGCCAAUAUUUAUCUUCCCUGCACACGUCUCGUGCAUCAAGGCUGUCGCUGUGUCACCGAGUGGAGGCAAAUGGCUCGCUACCGGGAGCUCAGACGAGAUAGUCAAAGUGUGGGAUCUACGAAGGAAGAAAGAAAUUGGUGGUCUUAUGCAUCACGAAGGUUCAAUAACCCACUUGAGCUUCCCGUCUCGGGGACACCUGCUCUCAGCAUCCGAAGACGGGACGUUAUGUUUAUUCCGUGCACGGGAUUGGGCCGUUCUACGAUCUCUAAAAGGGCACAAGGGACGUGUCAAUUGUGUAGCCGUCCAUCCAUCUGGAAAGGUAGCGCUGAGCGUCGGUAGGGACAGGACCUUGCGUAUGUGGGAUCUCAUGCGGGGAAAAGGAAGUGCAAGUACCAAGUUGGGCAAAGAGGGCGAAGUAGUUCGAUGGUCCGUAUCAGGCUCACUCUUCAUCGUUCAGUCGGGAUCGACAAUAGACCUUUACAACACUGACAUGACACUUUUGCACACAAUAAAGCAUCCAUCACGACUACACGAUGCAAAAUUCUGCAAACGCGUUGACAGCGACGAGGAAGUACUCCUAGUCGGUGCCGAAGACAAAAAACUGACCAUCUACGACGUAUCGAAUGACCCCGAAAAAGCGCCAACCAUAAUCGGUUUGAUGGUUGGCCACGAAAACCGAGUCAAAGCCGUCCAGACGCUUUCCAUCGCCUUGCCGGCAUCCAAGAGGACCUCCACGACAAUCGUGUGCACCGCUAUCUCAGCACAAAAAGUCCAGGAGAUUGAGCCGGUGGCGGUUUACGACUCAAAAGGGACUAGGCUUACUUGCAUCGCUGUUGCAGAUGGCGAGACAGUAGCCACCAAUCCGGUGACUAAGAAGCGGAAGCGCGAGGAAAACGCGGGAGGUGAGGACGAGGACGAAGAUGAGGAUGCUGCCGAUGAAUGGGAUAUACAACCGGAAGAUGUCGAAGAAGAGGAGGACGAGGAUGAGGAUGAGGAUGAAGGUGAGGACGAGAGUGAAGAGAGCAGUUAGAUUUAGAUUUAGAUUUAUAUCAUUAAAUAAUA